AGAGAGAGAGAGAGAGAGAAAGAAAGAAAGAAAUUCGUUCGUGUAAAGUUAUGCGAACGUCGUAUUUACGUUUUCGUAAAAUCGUCAGCUGAUUCCCACAAAUUCCUCCCGGACUUCGUUUAAAAAAAAAAACAUGUAUAUGCUGUCUAGAACCAGAACUAUGCAAAGAUGUUGGGCAAAUCAUACCUGCCUCUCAUCUUUUCUCGUCAUCAAGGAAACGUUAGUAACAUAUGGUGGUCGCUCUUCCCUAACUACAGAUGACAAGGAGGAACCAACACUCACGGAAGAAUCUUUAACGUUUACAAAAAGGAGACAAAUGAAAAAGAAGGGUCAAGAAGUGAACAAAACACAGUCAGGUUCUAAAAUCCAAUACUCAGAUUCCGUAAAAGGAAAAGUGAAAACCGAUGUUAUUAGAUUAAUGAAAGGAAAAAAUACAGAAGAGGUGGAACACCUUUUGAAGACAUAUAACAGAUUGCUAAAGAAAGAUAACAAAAGCCAAAUGAUGUAUUUACUAGACCAGAAAUCAGCUGAUAGACUUGUUCACCAUUUGCUUAAGGACAUUAAACAUGGUGAUGUUAUAGCCGAGUCUCAUCCUGGACCAGGUAUUUUGACAAGAACACUACUAAAGGAAACCACCAAUGAUAUUAUUGCCUUUGAACCCCAGUCAUCAUUUGCGAGCCAUCUGGAAGAAUCAUUGCUACCAGAAUACUCAUCGCGCUUAACCAUAUCCCAUUUGGAUCUUCAGAAAUUUUAUACAUAUUAUGUGCACGGGAAGAAAGUGCCUGAGAAGGACAGACUUCACGACCUGUUAAAGUUGUUCCCUUCCAACACAGAAAAAUUUAGCUCAAAUGUGAAAAUGAUAGGCGUUGUGAGUGAUCCCAAGUUCUUUUUCCGGCUGACUCUUAGCUUUGUUUUCCAGUGUUGCUUUUUUGAAAGUAUAUUUCCAACUCUGUAUUUGUACGUCCCCUACAGAUUAUACUCUAGAAUAUCAUUAAGUUUAGGUCAUUUUGCUUAUAGCAAAGUGGGGGUUCCCUUCCAGUUUUAUUUUAGUUUUGACCAUCUAGAUUCUGUACCUCAAACAGGCUUUUAUCCACCAUAUUCAUUAGCAGCCAGUAAAAAAAGACGGCCAGAAGAUGAUUUCCUUCACCUAGUGAAGAUCUCAGCAAAUAAGGAUUUUUUUAAGAAGGUACCGCUUGAGGAACUGGAGAGCUUUCACUACUUCCUAAAUCGCAUCUGCCUCACCAAGAGAAAAGAUACCCUGAUCACGCAGUUGGAGAAAUGGAUACCAGCUUGUGGGCCAGAGUUCAUCAAGAAUGGGUUUCGGGUUUUCACCCAUCCGCGUGAAUUAACACAGGACCAGUUGCUUCAGGCGUACUACAUAUUUUCCAGGUUGCCAUCUUAUGAAGGGUCUAUGUUUCAUCACUACAGAAGACACUGGGCCAUUCAGUUCGGAGAAAGAGAUGAAGAAGUUGUGAGACUCAAGACUGAUGACGAAGUAGUAGAGAUAGAAGAUCAGGUUUUGGAGAAUUAAUGUCACAUUAGUCUGUGAGCGUUAAAUGUUAUUAUUGUUAGAUAGUUGGAAAUAUCUGACAGGGCUCAAUAGUUUGAUAUUUUUAGUAUGUUGUACAUGCAUUAAAGGUAUGGUUGAAAUUGUUUUAUUGCUUCCAUCUUAUAGAUGUGAAUUUGUCAUUUCAUGUUAUAUAAAAGUGAUAUUAUUAUUAUGAGUUUGUACAAGGUAAAUGUAUUGAAAUAAAACUAUACUUCUAGUUGAAUAAGUUGCUAGACUUCAGAGAACAUGAGUCAGUAGAUGAGCAGCUACCUCCAAGUAAGAAAUUCAUAAAUGAGAGAGACAUUAACACUUGCUUAAGAUGAGAAUAUAGCUAUAUUUUCAUAUUCAGUAAUAUGGUAGGCAUUAUUUAUUAUAGUAAAAGAGCUCUUUAUAGUUCAUGGGUCGAGUUCUAUGCAUCCACGUAGAAUGAGCCCAAAAUGCAACAGCUUCUGGUGUAUUCCUUCUCUUCUUUUUUGUUAAUGUUUUUCAUCAAAGAGUUGGUGAUAUAAGUACAUAAUUUAAUUAGAAUAACUAAAAAAGGAAAUUGGAAGAUGGAUAUGGGAAGGAAUAAAGCUGUGAAAGAACA